AUGGCCGACUACAGCAAAUGGACCAAAGACGACCUCGUGGGCCGCAUCAAGCAGCUUGAGAACGAGCUCAAGUCCCGCAGUGGCGGCCUGCAGCCCUCGAGCUCAGAGAAGCACCAUGAUGUAGAAAUAGCGUCCCUGCCAGGCGAGCCCGCCAAGAAAAAGGCGAAAAAGAAGGGCAAGGGCAUGGACCCGACCAAGUACUCGCAGCGCUUUGUGGCCCUCAAGCUCGCCUACUUGGGCAAGAAUUACAACGGUUUCGAGUACCAACCGACGGGUGUCAUGUCCACCAUCGAGGAGGAGCUUUGGAAGGCCCUCGUGAAGGCGUGCCUGAUCUUCCCGGACCCGGAGCGGCCCAACGAGGUCGACUGGACCUGCUGCGAGUACUCCAAGUGCGGAAGGACGGAUCGCGGCGUGAGCGCAUUCGGUCAGGUCGUUGCGCUGCGAGUGCGGAGCAAUAAGCCCGUCAAGGGCAAGAGGAAGCCUCAGGCCGCGGCUGCGGGUCAGACGGGUUCGGACGAUGUUCAGAUGGGUGGGACGCCGGCUGCUGAGGAGGCGAGUUUGGAGGGCGAAGGGGAGAAGCAGGAGCAGAAGCAGGAGGAUGGUGAUGACAAUGAAACGCCACUGCCGGUCGACCAAGAGAUCCAAUACUGCCGCGUGCUGAACCGCAUCCUGCCUCCAGACAUCAAGAUCUACGCGUGGUGCCCGAGCCCUCCUCCAGACUUCUCGGCGCGGUUCAGCUGCCGGGAGAGGCAGUACCGCUACUUUUUCACACAGCCGGCCUUCGCCCCUCUACCAAACUCCCUCGAGGCGAAUCACAACAGCAGUAAAAACAACGCGAAGUCAGCCUCGUCCUCACGCAGGCCAAAGGACGGCUGGCUCAAUAUCGACGCCAUGCGCAAGGCGGCAAAGAUGUUCGAGGGCGUGCAUGACUUCCGCAACUUCUGCAAAGUCGACCCCUCGAAACAGAUCACGAACUUCGUGCGGCGGAUCUUCGAGUCGGAUAUCGUCGAGGUGGACGGCAUCAACACCGCGGUGCCGUACCUAGACAGCCCACAGUUCCGCGACCCCACCGCGGCCGCAGGCGUGGCGCACCCCAAGGUGUACUACUUCCACGUGCGCGGGUCGGCGUUCCUGUGGCACCAGAUCCGCUGCAUGGUGGCCGUGCUGUUCCUCGUGGGCCAGGGCCUCGAGGACCCGGGCGUGGUGGCGGAGCUGCUGGACCCGGAGCGGCACCCGCGCCGGCCCAACUACGUGCUGGCCGAUGACAGGCCGCUGGUGCUGUGGGACUGCAUCUUCGGGCGGGAGAACGGCGAGGGCGCCGCGGAUGAGGUCGACUGGGUGUACGUCGGGGCCGACAACCCGCUGAGCCUGCUGGGCACCGGGGGUGUGGCUAACGACCUGUGGGAGUACUGGCGCGAGAAGAAGAUGGACGAGAUCCUGUCUAACCGGCUCCUAGACUGGGUGGCCACCAAGACGGGCGUGGAGCGCGUCACCGAGGCUCAGAGCCAGGUUCUCCAGAAGACCAAGAUGGGCGCGAGCACGAGGGUCUACGAGGGGGGAAACGGGCCGCGGUUCGUGGGCGCAUACGUGCCCCUGCUGAAGAAGGAUAAGCUACAAAGCCCGGACGAUCUGAAUGACCGGUGGGCGCAGCGCAAGGGCUUCAAGAACGCGGAGGAGAUGAGAGGGGUCGGCAACUGGAGGGACGCAAUCAAGGAGAUGAAGAAUGGCGCCGACGAGAGCGUGGGCAACGAAUAA